CGCUUACGCGAUCUUGCGAAAUGUCGUUGAAAUUUAGUCUAAUCUUGGCACUCUGCCUAGCGGCAGUGGCCCUAAACAGUGCUGAACGUGCGCGUUAUGAUAACUAUCGGGUGUACCGUGUGACCGCAUCCAAUGCCGCAGAGUUGGCUUUCUUAAAAAAUAUGGAAGACACAAGUGACUCGCUCAUCUUCAUGGAGGGUGUACAUUCAGUGGAUCGUGAUAUUGAAGUGGUCGUAGCGCCACAUAAAAUACCCGACUUCCUGCAAGCUAUGGGCGAUCAUGAAAUCGACUAUGUGCUAUUGGAAAAUAACUUGCAGGCACAAUUGGAUCAAGAAGAUGAAGUUCAAAUUAAGGGACGUGCCGAUGUUUAUGGUUGGACUGCAUACCAAACACUAGAUGAUACCUACAAUUGGUUGAUUUCAUUGACUAAAUUAUAUCCAGGCGUUGUGACACUGAUUGAAGGUGGCAAGACCUAUGAAAAGCGCUCUAUUUUGGGUAUUAAAAUCGCCUACAACAACGGUCAAGCGCAAAAGCCCGGUAUCUUUAUUGAGGCUGGUAUCCAUGCACGUGAAUGGAUCGCACCAGCAACCACUACAUAUAUCAUCAAUCAAUUGUUGACAUCUGAUGAUGCAGUUUUACAAGAUUUGGCAAAGAAUUACGAUUGGUAUUUCUUCCCACAUGCCAAUCCCGAUGGCUAUGUUUAUACUCACACCACCGAUCGUUUGUGGCGUAAGACACGUCAACCACAUGGUAGCUGCUAUGGCGCCGAUCCCAACCGUAAUUGGGACUUCUACUGGGGUACUGUCGGUAUUAGCACUAAUCCUUGCUCUGACACAUAUGCCGGUCCAAGCGCGUUCUCUGAAAUUGAAACUAAAUCGUUGGCCAACUAUAUUAAAUCGUUGGAGGGCAAAAUUCAAUUGUAUGUCUCAUUCCAUGCCUACUCACAGUAUGUGUUGUAUCCUUAUGGUCACACUUCAGAGCUACCCGACAAUGCCGCAGAUUACAAACGUGUCUUCGAUGUUACUGUGGAUGCUAUAAAGGAGCGUUAUGGCACCAAAUAUACCGGUGGUAAUAUUUACGAUGCUAUUUACCCUGCUUCGGGUGCUAGUGUGGAUUGGGCGUACGCCAAUGUCGGCGUUCGCAUGUCAUUCUGCCUUGAAUUGCGUCCAGGUCCAAAUUCUUUGAUAACAGGUUUCAGGCUGCCAGCUGAUAAGAUUAUUCCCACCGGCGAAGAAACUCUGGAUGGCCUUGUGGCUAUGAUUAGCGAGGUUAAUGAUUUGGGUUAUUUUAAGUGAUUUAACGAAUACAACUUCUGAGUAAUAAAUAUAAAAUUAAAAAAAAGUAUUGUAUCUUACUAGCCGAA